UGAAUAACUUUUUAUAUAGUUGAAUCUAUUUUACAUAGCGAAAACCUGUUCGGAAGGUUGAUGCACCCGAAUUUUAAGUAACCAUCAUUAACGCGAUGCUAUUUUCAAUAAAGUCAUCAAAUCAAAAAAUCUUAUAUAUUUUUCGGUGACCGAACAACUCACCGGGCUUUAUUACACGGAAAGCCAUAUGCGAUACUUGUUUUCUCGUUACUUUCGUCCAUGAAAGGUCAAUCGCCUGCAGCUCCUUCCGAGUCAGCUCACAGCGCGUUUCGUCGGAAUCUGCGCGUCGCAGAAGUACAAUGAGCUUGUGCGACACAAUGGACCUCUACGAUAUACUGAUGCCGCUAUCAGUCCACGAGAUGUUGUCUAAAUACAGGAUCAGAAGAAAAAAACACAUCCCGUCCGUGCGCGACUCGCUUGUCCAAUAGUGUAAUUAACUUCGGUAGGAAGAGUCGGGCAACGAAUACAAAGUGGCCGCGCCAAGGAUAUCCAGGAGAGCCGCGCCGGCAAAUGCCGCAACUCUGCGUUUCGUCUCUCCCGACUCGUUGCAAGCUCCUCAGUACGGGCCCAUGCACUCGCUGCCCGCAAGUCCGAGUGACAGCAUCGGGCCGCCGCAGACGCAGUCGCAAGGUAUGUAUCCAAGAAACUCAAUAAUGAACGGUGUUAGGCUACAUUUUGUGCUGUGCUUGGCGGCUCUGUGUCUGGUGCAGGAGACAUCGACGUUUAUACUGGAUUUGAGUCCGGCGAAAUUCGCCCGAGAAAGAUACGAGAGGAGCCGAAAUAAAACUACCGCCAGAACGUUCACUCCUGUCCCGAACUAUGUACAAGCUGUUGAUUUUGUGUCACUCGUCAAUCGCCAUGGUUACCCCGGAGAGGAGCAUGUUGUGAUGACAGCCGAUGGCUACCUGCUACGCAUUCACCGAAUACCCGGUAGUCCGUCUAGACCCAGAGCAGUGGGCAAACCGGUCAUUUACAUGCAACAUGGACUUCUCGCCUCUUCCGAUACGUGGGUGCUCAUGGGUCCACAGAGAGAUUUGGCAUACAUUUUGGCCGAUGCAGGCUACGAUGUUUGGCUGGGCAACGUGCGCGGUAACACCUACUCCCGAGCACACGUCAGUCUGUCGCCGGAUUACGAUCCGGCAUUCUGGGAAUUCAGUUACCAUGAGAUUGCCCUAUAUGAUGUGACGGCUGUCAUUGACUACAUUCUGAUUAAGACUGCUCAACCGAGCCUUGUGUACAUAGGACACUCCAUGGGCACAACGAUCAGCUACAUUCUUCUGUCCAUCAAACCUGAGUACAACAAAAAGAUCAGACUAUUGGUCAGCUUGGCACCUGUGGCGUUCUGGCAUGCGCCGCCUCGAGCCUUCGUCAGAUUCCUCAUAGAUAACACCGAAGCAAUUAAAUCUUUCGUUACUAAUGCACGGAUUUACGAGCUGUUCCCAUUGACCGCUGCAAAUGCACAACUGGCCAAAACAACAUGCAGCGAUGGAAGUAUCUUCCAACAACUGUGUAUGAAUUUCGUUUAUUACUCAUCAGGAUACAAUCCUGAGCAGUUAAAUGCGUCAGAAGUAUCCUACGUACUAUCAUACUUUCCGGCUGGCACUUCCGCACAGACGCUUAUACACUUUAGUCAAAAUAUGCGCACAGGAGAUUUUCAAAUGUAUGAUCAUGGGUUCAUACGAAAUUUAGCAACGUACAAACAACGACAACCUCCAAUGUAUAACUUAAGCAACAUUAUUUCACCAGUUGGUUUAUUCUAUGGGAAAGGAGAUGCGUUAGUUUCACCAGGGAAUCCAAUUGAACUCUCACAAAAGCUGCCAAACGUAUUAACAAUUGAGGCUGUUCCCGAUGAAAAGUUCAGUCAUUUGGACUUCCUGUGGUCGACUGACAUAAGAAAAUUACUUAAUGAUAGAAUAUUUGAAUUUAUUAGUAAGACAUUGAGACAACAAAAUUCCGCGUUAUAAUUAAUAGAUGUUCAAAGAAACUUUGAUCUUCGUUUAUCAUGUUAACAUAUAACUAUGCACUUGUUACUUGUUGAUGCAUUUGUUAUAUAUAAUUUUAAUGAAAUUAUUUGCUGCUUCUUAGUUUUCAUACCACAAGAGUGUGGUUGCAAAGAUUAUAUUUAUAAAGAACAGGGAUCUAUAGUGAUUGUAACUCAAACAAAAGACUCAGUUGAUGCUCUUAUAAAUACGUUUUUCAUACUAAAACUGAAAUGAUAAGAGACUUCGAAUAAUAGAUUUAUUAAAUAAGAUAUAUAAAUAUCUACUAUAGUUUAAGAACUUUUUUUUUAAUUGUAUUAUAAUAUUUAAAUAAGUGCAAGAAAAGUUGAUUCGUAUCGAUUUAUGAUAAUAAUUGCAUUUAAAGUCAAUCUAUGUUGCCUUUAUGGUACCUUAUCAAACAUUAAAAAUAGCAAUAAAAUACUAUAUAACUCGUAUAUAUACAAGCAUUUUGUGUAAGCAUGAAAUCAAGUCUAAAUUUUAUUCUGCUUAAAGAUUUACAUAGACUUUUAUAGUUUUUCAAUAAAAUACAUUAGUACAAUAUUUUAUACAUUUUUUUUAUCAAUAAAUCAAAUAAUCAAUAGCUCUUUAGUUUCUUUUAUAAAAAUGUAUAUUCGUCGUUUUAGUUCGGUUUGUAUACCUGCACAAGUAGAUUACUGCAGACACUCUUGAAUAUAAAUAUACAGAUGUACAUGCAUAUGGAAAUUCGAAAUAUACUUACGAAAUUAUAAUAGCUAAA